GACAAGGACAGACAUGGCGACGCCAUUCCCGUCGAUGGGCGCAGGAGGAGGGGGAGGAGGAGGAGGAGGAGGAGGAGGGGGCGAGUUAUCACGAUGGGUAUCUCAAGUCAAGGCGCAGCACAGUGGGACGCCGCAGCCGGUGACGCCGCUAUCGCCCACGCGGACCGGCAACUCGCAGACGGCCGAUGAGCUAGAGGAGGAGGUUCGCCAAAGCAGGCUCAAUCGAGCCAAUAGGCGAAGCAGGCUGAGCAAUGCGGGCGUCAGAGGUCUGGAAAGCGGCAUCUCCAGUCCAUCAGGAGACUCCUUCCGGUCACCGCCGGCGACCCCCUCUGGCGAAGAGACACUUCGAAAACUUCUCGGUCAACGAAGCCAGGUAUCAUCCCCCACGAUGGACAAGGGUCCAGGUUCUAUGGCAGCACCGUCCUCGCCGCCCAAGAAGUCGUCAGCCCUGCUCGAUCGCUACGGAGGCCAGGCGGGCCCCACUGGCGUCGCAAGGGCCGGCCCCUCGGGCGCAUCUACCUCACUGGCCUCUUUCAUGGGCGGCAAAGCGAGCGGUCCCAGACUAGGCAAGCUGGCGGGCGACGGAAGGAGCGCCCCACCCGAGGCAGAUCUCAUCGACGAGAGCCGAAGGCACGAGCGGCGGGCCCUUCCUGGUCUGGCGUCGCCUCCCGUCUCCAACACGGGCGGUGGAAAGUCGUUGGCCAGCUUUCUCGAGGCACGCGCGGCGGCUAGCGCGACGACGGACUCGCCUUCCAUGCCGCCGCAAUCGCCGUCGCUCAGCAAGCCGUUGCGCUCGCCCUCGCCGGGCCAGUCCCCCUCCAACAGGCACGAUUUCUCCUUUGCCGAACGCGGCCUGCCGUCUGCCAAGAGGACGGAGAGUUUCUCACGGCCGCGGUCGCCCAUCAAGGCGCAACCUGAGCAGUCUGCAGCGACGCAGCCCAGACAGGUCCCGACGGCGCAGCCCAGGCAAGCCCCAACAACACAGCCAGAGGAGAGGAUCAUGACCGAUGCGGCCACCAGCCCGCUCAAGGAAGACCAGAUCGCCGAUGCUCGGUCACUCAGUCCUUCAAGGGACGCAGUCGUUGGCCUGGCUCCUCCUUCGCGUCAGCCAGCAGCGACUUCGUCGUCGUCGUCGACAACGUCUCAGCUUGCACCUGCCUCGAUCGUCCAUUCGCCCACCUCUGACGCGCUCUCUGGCUCGUCGCCACGCUUUCAACUUCCUGUCAACCGUAGUGCUCCCGCGACGAGCAGCCCGGCGUUUGCCAAUGUGCACACUGCGUCCAGCGACAAGGCCCCAACGGCUUCGCUCACCCGUCUACGCGGGCAGAGCUUGGUCGGUCAGCGCGUACGAGAGGCAAAAGAGCGUGAGGCGGCGUCGUCUGCAGCAGGAGGCGAGCCUGCGUCACCCCAGCUUGGUCGCUCGCCCUCGCUCCAGCGCCGAUGGACGCCUCCGAUGCCUGCCGCCGAGUCUCCAGUUGCGGCCGAACGCAAGCCAUGGCAGCCUGGCAAGCUCGGCAACGCUCUUCCCGGCCUUACUGGGCAUCCUCGCUCUGCCUCGCCCGUCAGAUCGGCUGCCCUGGCCACGUCGCCGAGACAAGAAGAGGAGCCGUCGUCGGCACCACCGGUCCGCUUGCCAGGACUCGGAGCAGUAUCUUCGCCCUUUGCCUCUCGACAGUCCUCCUUCGUCCAAGAUGAAGUGAAGCAAGACGGCAAACUCGACCAUCCAACGAUGGCACGAGCCAAGGGCCCAAAGAGGUCCGCUGCUCGCUCGACUGCAUCAAAGUCGGAAGAGGUUGACCGAAAAGACCAAAGCUCAAAGGGCACCUUCGUAGGCUCCAAGCCUCCAGACGACGACGACGCCACCAUCUCGCGCCUCGUUGGCUCCGAGCAGGACACGAUGCAUGCCAUCAGGCCGUCUGACCGCCUUCAAGCAAGUCCUCGACCCACAGUACGCGAGGUGGAGCAGAAUCUGCGCGGGGAAGAGAGGCAGCCCCAGCGGGAGCCAAGCUACGACACUGUUGACCGACAGCUCAAGGAGGGCGUGGGCGCGCUCGAGGCCCUCGUCGCCGGCAAGCGGGUCGAGCCACCGGCGAGCGUAAGCCCCGUUCGAGCGACACGCAGCCCUGGCAUGAUGGUCGACAUUGCCCUUCCCAAGGACACGGCCAAGGUCGACAUCUCUCCCGUCCUGCGUUCCACACUCGCGAGACCGGCUCCGAGCUCUGCCAAGACAGUCUCCAUCGAUGUGCUCAGCGUACGGCCAGACGGAUCUGUCCAGUCACUCGCAGACUCAGACGCACACAUCCUCUACGAGGCAGAGACAUUGGUCAUUACGCACAGGUGCAAGGACAUCAAGACUGGCCUUAUGCGCCACGACGUCUUCGUUCGAGCGGGUCGCCAAUCUCCUACCUUGGCUGGACAGGCAUCCGCAGAGGCCUCCAAGGUGCAGGAAUUGGCCAAGCGCGUCAAUGCUGCGCCGAUCGAUGCACGUCAGGGACGGGAGUCUGAUCAUCUCGUCAAGCUCCUGGGGGGCGUCAUUGUGACGAGAGAGGGAGCAAGGAAUCGAUUUGAGCCAAGCAACACACAUAUGUACGCCGUCCGGGGUCGCACCGGAGCCAUCUACAUUGAUCAGACGGACCUGACAACGUCGAGCCUCUGCUCUGCACACUCUUUUGUCAUUUCCGUCAUGAGCGACGUUUUCGUUUGGCACGGCAAGGGCUCUUCGGGCUCCAUUCGCUCGGCAGCCAAGAAGUUUGCGCGCGAGCUCCGCGAUCCCUCACUCACAUCGGCUCUGACAGAAUACGACGAGGGAAAGGAAGAUGAACUGUUCUGGGCCUGCUUUGAGCAGGAGCAAGAAUAUGCCAGCUCCUUUCACCAUGAACUGCUCUACGCCUUGCCCGAGCACGAAGUCGAGCCGCGCCUCUUUUCGCUCCUCACAGACUCCGAAGGCGACCGAGCCAUUGUGCCCAUGCCCGCACAAGAACAGAGCUCCUUUUCCUCGGUCGACUUGCGGCCGGACACGGUCCACGUCGUGCAGCUGCCCCACGAGAUCUACGUCAUCGUCGGAGCGCAGGCACGCUCCGACCGUACGGGCAUCUCUGCCGCUCUCGACGCAGCAUCAACCCUGGCACGCUCGGCCAAAGACGCUCGCCCCCGCGGUGCCUUGCUCCCUCCUGUCCACGCUCUCAUCUUCCCCAGCGAGGUUCCGAAAGAGCUACGGGCUGCCAUUCGUUACUGGGAUGCUACGCCACUGCUCUCGCGCUCCUCGGCUUCGCGAGGCAGCCGGAGACCGCUAGGCAUGAACCUAAUGACGGAACCAGAGGCAAGAGCGGGCUUGAAGCAGACACGAUUCGAAGCGCGAGCGCUCUGGGAUCACGACUUUCUCCCCAUUGGUGUCGGUCCCGACGACAUUUUGGACGACUAAAAGGCGUGCCGCAGACAGGUCACCGAGAUAAAUCAGAUUCACUGUACGAUGCCUUGUGCAGAAAAGUCAUCCUCAGGAGUGACAACAGGUCUAUGCCCUAAAGCUAGACGAUGAUAAUGAUGAUGCUUCACGUUCAGC